UUGGGGGCGGCCAGCAACCAGCACAUGAACGGUGGCCGUUUUGAUUUUGACGAUGGCGGGACAUACUGUGGUGGAUGGGAGGAAGGAAAGGCACAUGGACAUGGUGUUUGUACAGGGCCUGAUGGACAGGGAGAAUACACUGGAGCAUGGCACUAUGGAUUUGAGGUUUUUUUCUUAAUUAAAAAUUUUUUAAUUUUUUCCCAGGUUUCUGGUGUCUAUACCUGGCCUUCUGGCAGUACUUAUUCUGGUCAGUGGCAAAACGGGAAGCGUCACGGCCUCGGUGUUGAACAGCGCGGCCGGUGGACCUAUAAAGGUGAAUGGACGCAGGGAUAUAAAGGCCGGUAUGGACGUCGAGAGGCGCUCAACUCUGGUGCUCAUUAUCUGGGGACGUGGUCAAGUGGACUUCACGAUGGUUAUGGAACUGAAAUAUAUUCUGAUGGAGGCUCUUAUAAAGGCCAAUGGCUGCGCGGUAUGCGGCAUGGUUAUGGAAUUCGAACAAGCGCGCCUUGGAGUGUAGCAACCCCGAAUAACCACCAACACCACUCAGAACAGCAACAAAAACAUAGAGGAGGACAUACGUCUCUAAGUUCCCUACGCUCAAAUUAUGGAAGUGUUGCCAUGUUGGAUGAUGAAAGGGCAGCAACUGCAAUGGAUACACCUCCCAAUCAUCACGGCAGAUCACAUUCUAGAGAAAGGAGGGGUGAACAAACAACUCAACUGGAUGAAAGUAGAGGCGGUUUUGUGCUUAAAGCUUAUUCGGGUACUAACAAACGACGCCGUUCUCUCUCAGAGCGUUCAUUGGCAGUGAAGAGAAGUAUUCUUCAACGAAUUAGAAAACAAAAUUCUACCGGAGACAUUAUUCACCAACAAAGAGUUUUUUCUUCUGCUGGUGGCGCUUCUUCACUUCGUUCUAGUGGAAGUACUUUAAGCUGUACUUCUGAUGAAGAAGAUUCGGGCGAUUUGAGGCAUCCUCCAAAUUCUCAACGUUCUAGAGUUGCUGCGGAGGCAGCAACAUUAGAGGAACCACCAAUCGACGCCAACGCCGUAGAGAUUUACCGAGGUGAAUGGAAAAAUGACAUGCGCUCCGGUUAUGGUGUUUGUGAACGUUCAGACGGUCUUCGUUAUGCUGGGGAAUGGUUAGAUAAUAGAAAACAUGGAUAUGGAGUAACCUUCUUCAGGGAUGGAACUAAAGAAGAGGGAAGAUAUAAACACAAUGUUCUUGUUAGCUCAGCUAGACGGAAAGGCAUCCUUUUUGUCCGUUCAACAAAAUUGAGGCAUCGAGUAGAAAUUUAUGCUGAACAUGCUAGGCAAGCUGCUGACAUGGCUGCACAACGUGUUGAAAUUGCUACAUCAAGAACAAUGACAGCACAAGAACGCGCUGAUGCUAGCGUUGAAGCUGCUGAUCGAGCAAGGGAUGAUGGAGACACUGCCCGUAUUUAUGCUGCACAGUUUGAUCCAAGUUUUAAACAACCCGGCGUAGAAUUAUUACGUGCUAGAGCAGCAAUGCAAAGGUCUGGAACUCCUGGAGGACAUCAAUCUGCCAUUCCAAUGCUUACACCGAUUCAUAAUCAUGUAAUGGCUAACCAUGUUCAAUUUAAUCAUCAACAGCAACCACACUCUCAAACUAAUUAUUCUAGUCCACAAAAUCAACAAUAUGAUUAUUCUAAUGCAUUUGCAGUUGGUCCAAUCUCUUCUUCAUCUCAACAAAACAUUGCAUUUAAUCAAAUGCCCCCACUCCCUCCAUUUGCUCAACAACAACAACAAUUACGUCAAAGACAUUUACAACAAACUUCAAAUACUUCUGAAUGGAAUGGUGGAAUAAUUGGAGGAAUGGGAGGUGGGGGACAACAACAACCACAUUCACCUCCACAAUAUUCUGCAGAUAGUGGAAUUGCUGUUGGAGGAGGUGGAGGGAAUUUUGGUCAACAACAGAGGCAUUUAAUUCAUCAACAAUCGAGUGAAUCUGGCCAUAGUUCUCAACAACAGCAACAACAAGAUUAUAGCACACAUCCCCAAAUGAUUAAUGAAGGUGGUUCUGAUACAGAGGGCGGUGGAUUGUUGGUUGCUGCCUCAGCUAGCGGCGGUCAUCAAAGUGCUCAACACAGCAAUAUUGUUAGUUAUGCUGCUGCUAUUCCUCCACUCCCAGCUGCUCAUAUUCGACAACAAUCUUCUUCAGAAAUGGCCACACUUCAAAAACCACAACCUCCACAUCAUCUGAGAGGAAUGACUAAUAUGCGUGGUCGUUCAAGUCCUUCAACUAUGUCCCUAAGUGAUGAUCAUUGGGAUCAAUAUUUGUUGAAAUCUUCGAGAAGAGAGGCUUCAAAACAUCAAUUGUUGCCUGGUACCAGCAGUAGUGGAUUAGAUACUUCUCAUCAUUUUAGACGAAACAGACCUUCACUAAUUAGACAAUGUGAGGUUCUCGGCGCUAGCGGUACAAUUGGUGGGAGUAGUUGUGGUGAAUCUCCUAGUGGCUCUAUGACACUUAACAGAAGAAGCACAUUAGUAGUAAAUCCAAGGGAAUGCCGUCAACGCGUUCCUCCAAUUCAUUCAGUUUAUGGAGCAGAUGAUUCUCUUCGUCUUCAAGACCAACAACAACAACAAUUGCCUUCCUCUUCUGUCGAUAUUCAAAACCAAACGAGAGAAGAACGUGGUUCCCUUCCCAAUUUGGAAGAUUUAGCUGGCCAACCAUUACAAUUAGGUAGAGAAGAAGCUGCAAGAUUAGCUUCUCAACGUCGGCAAGAUGUACAUAAACAAAUGGAGGAAGAAGAAAGAUUGAGACAAAAUCCGUUAAGAUAUUUGGCUCAUCCUAAUUUUAGAAAUUGGCUCAUUCAAUGGCGAAUUCCACUACUUUUAGUACUCGGCAACAUUCUACUUUUCUAUUGUUUUUUACACUUGCUUUCAGGUAGUAGUAAAAGCGAUCGAAGAAGUGGUGGAAGAGGAGGCGGAGGAGGAAAUGCUCACCAUUCCGAAUGA